UAGAGAUAUUGGAAUUAGCCGUGUUGAUAUUUGCCGUCAUAUCAAACCCUAAUUAAAUCAAAACUGGAGUUUUCUUUUCCCUUCCCCUUCAAGUCUAACAAAUUGAUCGACCCAACAAAAGAAGUAUUAUCUUUUCGGUGGCUCAUCAACAAAUGAAGACGAUAAGUCGUCAUUUUUUCGGCGACUCUGAAAAAACCACCUUCUCCGCAUCGAUCAUUGAGAACAUGAAAGAAGACUAUGGCUUAUUCGUUUGGCCUUGUAGCAUCGUAUUGGCCGAGUAUGUUUGGCAACAGAGAUCUCGCUUUUCUGGGAACGAUGUAGUCGAGCUUGGAGCGGGAACUUGCUUACCUGGAUUGAUGCAGUGUCUUUUAGUUGAAAUUUGAUGAUUUUAUCCAAAAUUAAUUACUUUGGUGUUGGAAAACAUGAGAACAGUCUGUGAACUAAACAAAUUGAAGUGUGAAGUAUUAGGACUAACAUGGGGAAGUUGGGAUGAAUCCAUAUUUAGUUUACUCCCGAAAAUUAUUCUUGGGGCUGAUGUUCUUUAUGAUGCACGAGCCUUUGAUGACCUCUUUGCUACUGUGACAUUUCUGUUUCAAAAUAAUCCAGGCUCGGUUUUCAUAACAACUUAUCAUAAUAGAAGCGGUCAUCAUCUUAUUGAGUUCCUAAUGGUCAAAUGGGGACUCAAAUGUGUGAAACUUGUAGACGGUUUUUCGUUAUUGCCAUCCGAUAAGGCAGCUAGGCUUAGUGGAAACAUUCAGUUGGCUGAAAUUGUGUUGAGCCAUGAGCAGAUUGAGGAAACUUCUUCCUCUGGUGCUAGAUGAUCAUGUUUAAUUCAUUCUUAUAUUAACCGACUUUAAUUCAUUCUUAUAUUAACCGACUUAUACUGCUCUUCGUAUCAGAACUGAGCUAUGCCUUUAAAGACAAGCUCAAGUCGAAUAAUAUAAUAACACUUCGUUGUUGCAGACAAUGGCCGGAAACUAUUUCCAUUUUAUGUUUAUGAUUAGUUAGAAAAUGGCUUGUCAAAUGUUGCUCUUAGUUUCACUCCGAGUAUUCUAUCAUUGAGGCAUAUGUAUGUCCUGUCUGUCGAGUCGAGCUGAUGUUGAACCUAGAGAUACACGGCUAAUUCCAAUAUCUCCAUUGUAGUCUUGUAGAGAAUACCUCAACUUAUCGCUUGCUUCUACUUGAUAUUUGUAAGAGUUUGGUAAAGUCGAAAAUGUUUGGCACUGUUAGCCAUCGAAUUCCCUUUGGCUUUACCACUGAUUGUAUGCUUUCUUAAUGCAGGAUGUUUGCUGAAUCGAUGCAACGAUGCUUGCUGAAUUGGUACAUUGAUGCUUGUCGGUUGAUGUUGUCUAUUACUCACUGAUGCCAUGUAAAUUAUUGUUGUUGGUCCGACUUAAAUCAAUUUUAGAACCUUAUAAUUUCUUAUCUAAAUAGUUACUCAUGUUUAAUUAUGUUGGUGGCAUUUUAGCUUUUAAAGCUAGAAAGUUGCCCAUAAUUAAACAUGUUGGCAGUAUUUAGGUAUAUGCUCGAUGAUGAUA